AUGGAGGGGGCCGAAGUUACAAGCGCGCAUGGGACCUGCCACACCAAGCAGAUCGCCGCUGCGGGACAACGGUGCAGUGAAGCUGCCCAAAUUUCAGAUGUUGCCCAUCAAGCUACAGUGGCACAACGACGCAGGAAGAGACCCAAGGUGAAGCGGAGGGUUGGUGACCCAUUAAGGCGCAGCAUGACUACUCUGCACCACAAACCAA